CGGCGGGGCCGGCGGGUGCUGACGGAGGAGGCGGAGCUGGGCCGGGCCGGGCCGGCUGGUGGCACCGGCACCGGGGCAGCACACUAGUUACUGCUUGGACUUCACAAACACGAAUUCCUGAGCCGGCUGAUCUCUGCAGCCACUUCCCACCAUGGAUCAGGACUAUGAGAGACGUCUCCUACGCCAAAUCAACAUACAGAAUGAGAACACAAUGCCUUGUGUAGCAGAGAUGAGAAGAACCUUGACACCUUCCAAUUCUCCAAUGUCUUCUCCUAGUAAGCAUGGUGACAGAUUCAUUCCCUCAAGAGCUGGGGCCAACUGGAGCAUCAACUUCCACAGAAUAAAUGAAAAUGAAAAAUCACCAAGCCAAAACAGAAAAGCAAAGGAUGCUACAUCAGACACUGGCAAAGAUGGCCUUGCCUACUCUGCCUUGCUGAAGAAUGAACUCUUGGGAGCAGGGAUUGAGAAGGUGCAGGACCCCCAGACAGAGGACAGGAGGCUGCAGCCAUCCACCCCAGAGAAGAAAUCUCUCUUCACUUAUUCACUCAGCACAAAACGCUCCAGCCCGGAUGAUGGCAAUGAGGUCUCACCCUAUUCCCUGUCUCCUGUCAGCAACAAAAGUCAGAAGCUGCUAAGAUCACCUCGAAAACCGACUCGGAAAAUCUCCAAGAUUCCUUUCAAAGUGCUGGAUGCCCCAGAGCUGCAGGAUGACUUCUACCUGAACCUGGUGGACUGGUCCUCUCUUAACGUCCUCAGCGUUGGCCUUGGGACUUGUGUUUACCUGUGGAGUGCUUGUACAAGUCAGGUAACGCGGCUGUGCGACCUCUCUGUGGAAGGAGAUUCCGUGACAUCCGUGGGCUGGUCAGAGCGGGGAAACUUGGUGGCCGUUGGCACUCACAAGGGCUUUGUACAGAUCUGGGAUGCAGCUGCAGGAAAGAAGCUCUCCAUGCUGGAGGGACACACAGCCAGAGUUGGUGCCCUGGCGUGGAACGCGGACCAGCUGUCGUCCGGGAGCCGGGACAGGAUGAUCCUGCAGCGCGACAUCCGCACCCCGCCCCUGCAGUCGGAGCGCCGGCUCCAGGGACACAGGCAGGAGGUCUGUGGGCUCAAAUGGUCCACGGACCACCAGCUCCUGGCCUCUGGAGGGAACGAUAAUAAGCUCCUUGUCUGGAAUCACUCCAGCCUGAGUCCCGUCCAGCAAUACACAGAGCACCUGGCAGCAGUCAAAGCCAUCGCCUGGUCCCCACACCAGCACGGGCUGCUGGCCUCGGGGGGGGGCACAGCCGACCGCUGCAUUCGCUUCUGGAACACGCUGACGGGGCAGCCCCUGCAGUGCAUCGACACCGGCUCCCAGGUGUGCAACCUGGCCUGGUCCAAACACGCCAACGAGCUGGUGAGCACCCACGGAUACUCCCAGAACCAGAUCCUCGUCUGGAAAUACCCCUCGCUAACUCAAGUAGCAAAGCUCACGGGGCACUCUUACCGAGUCCUGUACCUGGCAAUGUCCCCUGAUGGGGAGGCCAUUGUCACAGGAGCUGGAGACGAAACCUUACGCUUCUGGAACGUCUUCAGUAAAACUCGCUCGACAAAGGAGUCUGUAUCUGUGCUCAACCUCUUCACCAGGAUACGAUAAACCCCCUCCCUGUGCCCCGGGAACCGACAGCCUGACAUUCCAGGAUCAGACCACUCCCUCGGCGUGCAUGGACCUCCGGAGCCCAGCCAAGGGGAGGGAGAGCUGUGGGACUGCAGGAGGACCCAGCUCAUUAAAUAUGUGCUUGUGACCCACAGGGCUGGGCAGUAUUUGGGAUGGGGUGGGGAGGGGAGGGAACUACCAAAGGUUAUUGGAUUCAUCCUUCAUUAAGGGAGACGGGUACAAGAGCAAUGUUACCCCAGCAUCCUCCGGCUGUCGGGAUGGUGCUGGGGAGGACUCGUGUGACAUGGACCAUUGAGACUGGACCGAGGCCAUCCCCACUGCCAUGGUGUGCCUCCUGCGAGAGAGGAGCAUGUCCUUGCUGCUGUGGGAAGGGGUUUGACAUGCUGCUCUGUGUCCCAGAGUGCCAUCUCUGGAGGCUGGAGCCAGCCAGGCUGCUCCGGUACAGCUGGUGCGAGGGGCACAGCUCCUGGCUGGGCGUCUAAGGGCUUUGUUCAUAGCCUGGCAUCCCCAUUCCAGGAAGAAACUGGAGAACUGCCUAUUUUCCUUUUUUUUUCCUUUAUUUUUCCCCCCAGACAGGUACUGUUGUACUUGACAUGAUCAUUCCAUAAGACAGCUUGAUUUUUUGGGCAUGCUCGACAGCUGCCUCCGAACAAAUACACUUUGAGGCUCUAGGCUUUGGAGGAGACUUGAAAAAGCUUCACCUCUAAGGGAGCAGAUUCAGGAAGUUCUGCAGUUGCUGUUUCAUCUUCUGGGCUGAUCCUGGGAGUUACCAGAGAGCAGAAGCAAGGACUUUAUAGAAAAAGAAACCCACCCAACCACCUGUGCAUGUGGAGCUUCCUUUGGUGCUGCUGUGUGGGUGCCUUGCUCUGAAGUCUCCAUGAGGCCAAAAGCAGUUGGGAUGUGUUUGAGAAAAAAAAAUAAAUCCUAAAGAUCUGAUUUUUGGGGUGAGCAGGGCCUCUUCUGGCUGGAAGAGGGGUUCUCCUGAAGCAGGGCUGCAACAUUGCUUUUUUUGUUAUCUCCAAGUCCCACACAGGGCCCUGCUGUUCAGUUUUGGUGUGUGGUUUGGGGUUUUUAGGUUGUGUGGGACAAGAGUUCUGGCUGGUGUUGGAGCCCAUGGGGUGUAUCACAAAUGCUCUGUGUGUGUGUGUGUGUGUGUGUGGUGCUUUUAAUUUAAGAGAGGCUGUCCGGCUGUGCAGCCUGUUCCAUCUGACCUGUGCCUGUGCCUGCCCUGCCCAGGCCCUGCCUGCCUCCUGCCCUCUCCCAGCGUUGCUUCCUGUUCCCAUGUGGAAUUCCCUGGCUGUGUAUAUAGACUUGUCUUCUCCUUGUAGAUUGCAUAGGUAAUGCUUUCCCUUUCUUUUUUUUCCUUUGUUUUUUUGUCUGCUCUCCCUUCUUUCCCUAAAACCAGGUGGUAGGAAUAUGAUUGCCUGUCCCCAGUCCCACCAGUAUCCUUAGGGUGAGCCAAGGUGUGAGAAAGCCAGUACAGCGGGACCACGUGUGCCACCACGCCCAUGCCUGACCAGGCUGGCAGUGCUGUGCCUGUGUCACACACACUGGGACUCACUGGUGAGGAGCUGGUG